AUGACCAGUUUUCAUGAAAGACAGAAGAGCCUUUUUAAUCAACUCAAAGAUGCCGAAGAACAGUAUAGCUUUUCUAAAUCAAAUAAAGUUUCAGCAGAGCAAGACUUCGGAGCAAUAGAUAGGCAUACAUACAGAAAAGUAAAGCAUGAAAUGAAACAAUUUAGAGGACGAGAAAGUAUAUUCAAAAGGCCUGAAGCUAACUUAAGAGAAUGUUUACGAGCUAAGUCAGUACCAGACUACAUGAAAAAUCCAAAGAAAUGGGUUUAUUAUUCACUCUCAGAUGUGACACCAGAUCAGAUGUCCGAUUCUACCAACACAGCCACAGCCUUGGCAUUAAUUCGAAAAAUGGAGGAAAAGGAAACAACUGACACUAAUAUGGAAACUAACAGCAGCCAAGAUGACUUUGUUUUCAAAAAACCUACUUUCCGUGUUUCCUCUGCUGUCAAAAGAACUACCAAACCAGAAAAUGUAAAUCUAACACUUACGAAAAAUAAUAAAAUUAUCAUGCCAGAAUAUGUUGUAGGAGUAACAAAGAAAAAGGAAAAGAAAAAUAAACUACCAAAUCAUAAGUCGCAAGCUAACCCUGAUGAAAAAGCUAAAAAAGCAGAUUUAAAGUUGGAUCACCUCUUCGAGGAUGGCUCUGAAUAA